UACCACCCAGUCGCCAUUUUGGUCUGCACGUUCAGCGUAGUCAUGCCCCCAUAUGCCCCAUCUGGACCAUACUCUAUAGUUUGCUGCUUUGGUUUAUUGAUUGUAGGAUGUCUUUCCUUAAAUGACCAAGAAUUUGACGACAAAGGUGAUGACGAGUCUCAGUGGGAGUGCAUGCUUGGCCCGGAGGACGAAGGAAGGGCAACAUUUUACAUUGGUGGUGAAGAACAUAAAGUUUGCAGAAGAGGCCAAUUCUUCAAUUUUACCUCUGAUCCAGACGCUCCGGAAAGGGACAGAUGCACCGCUUGUCCACUACAUACCCACUACAUGGACCACAAAAACCAUUGCCUCAAAUGUAGAAGAUGCCGGCCGAACUGCAGUGAAAACGAAAGAGAGGUCCUGUCGUGUACCCGAACUCGUAACAGAAUAUGUAAACCUAGAACAAGUACACCGCGCAUCCCAUCUACUGAGACCACGACGCUCAAAGCUACAUCGGGGGCUGGAAUUAACUCAAAGGGUCACGAGACUUCCUCAACCUCUUCAAAUUCCACCAACCAGCUCUGUCCGACCUGUACAACCAACUCAAUCAAUUUGUCUGAAACUGGAGUCCGUCUGACAGAGUGGCUACCUUACGUUAUUGCUUUGUUGAUUGUGUGCGUCCUUCUUGUAGCAGCGGUGCUUUAUUUGAUGAGAGAUCGUGUGGAUUUGACACGCAGGAUCGGACGCAUGGAGCAAAUAAACAGGGGCAAUUUUGACGCCGUGCCACAAGAUCCUGAAAAUCAACGGCCAUUCUUCGCUGGCAGGGAAAUAAAUGAUGAGGAUGAGCGGGUUUGAGCAACGUUAUCCAGGGAUAUCACAGGACCUUCAAGUUAUCCAGAGUUGUGCGCACCCGGUUUGAUCACUCUCAUUAUUUUUCGUUUUCCUUUUUCUUUUUCUUUGUUUUUUUGUAGGGGGGAGGUGAAAUCUCAGUUCUCUCCUGCUUAUUUAAUCAUUUAAAUAAAAAACGGUCUAAAAGAUGAGAAAAAUAUGGCUCACUCAUAAGUUGGGGUUCUGCCUUCAGUCGGGUGCCCCCUCUUUGGAUAAUUACUGUAUCCGCCACUGAGUUAUAAGGGCACAAAGAGAACUGUUAAGACGAUUGACUCUGUCGUCCUUCCGUGUAACAUUCGGCAUUCUCAUUUCUCUCCAAAAACGCAUGUACAGUGUCAUGUGAUUUAUGGAGCAGUUUAUUCACGAGGGACACUUACAACAGGCUUCAAAUUAUGUCACGGUUUGCAUGCCGACCAGACAAAAUAAGUUAAAGUUGCAGUGAUUAUCAGCCAGUGCAUUGCUUCAGGUGUGCGGUUCUCAUAUGGUAUUUUAAUAUAGUAUAUUGGUAUAAAAACAUUAGUACCUGUGCAAAAUUACUUAAAAGAUAUUUUUAUAUUAUCAAAAAUAUUUACAGUGCUUUACUCGUGUACUUCACAUUUUUUUGGAUACUACAUAUAACAGAAUGCAAUUGUAAGGUUCAUUAUUUAUAAACUUUAGCAAAAAAAUCAGGAUUCGUUUCUGUAAAUUCACUUUUGCAAAUGGUGUGUGCUUUUCAAAUUAAGAUGGGGAGUAUAUAAAUAGUUUACGUUGAAAAAGCAAGAGUCUAAAUCAAACAAAGAAAAACAAACACGAGUAAGAACUAUCACAAAAUAUUACUUAACGAUCAAAGUAAAUUCGUCUCCAAGUAAAUUCUUUCGUUGAAAAUGUAUUUUCUAGACACUUCCAGCUUGCAGUAUACAGCGAUGAUUAAAGUUAUACAAAUCACCUCCAA